AUGCUACAAUACAAGUCGUCAUUAAUGAAAACAUGUCGACAGAUCAAAUCAAGCUGGGGUGAGCGAGCGGUACGUCAAGGAGACACCAUUUCACCAAAGCUAUUUACUUUAGGGAUGGAAGACACUUUUAAGAAUCUACUAUGGCAGAAUAAUGGUAACAAUAUAGAUAGAGUCUACCUAAAACAACAGCGUUUUGCCAAUGAUAUCGUGGUUAUUGGUGGUGUCACCGAUGAGCUGAGGUCUAUGCUAGAAGAACUACAAGUGGCAUCAAAGCAGAUUGGAUUGAAAAUGAAUUUGGGGAAGACAGAAAUAAUGACCAAUGACGAUGUUAGAGUCAGCAUAGAAGGGAAGGUUCUUGAAAUUGUUAACGAAUAUGUCUAG